AUGACUUGCUUGUUCGAUCCAGUGGCCAGUGGCCACCCAUACUUAGGCUUCUCAGGCACUCACCCUCGGACCAAGAAGGGGACGGGCAACCCGCCCUACGCCUUGAAAGCCUUGAGAGACAACCACUCGCCACCAAUCAUGCCCCGACAGAGCAGGGCUGCCGCAGAUGAUGCAGCACGGCCGACGCCACCUGCAGGUCAUCAUUGGAUGUUGUGA